GACGCGAUCAACUUCGACAUGCCAACUCCCGCCGAACUCCGCUCCCUCCCUUCCCUGCCUGAUACCACGCUUCCCAACGACUACGACCGCACCCCCGGCAAGUUCAUCUUCGCUAAUCCCGCGCGCACCUACCCUAUCGUCUACAACAACAAGGAAGGCAUGCUCGUUGGCAAGUCGGAGAAUGGCGAUCGCAUCUGGGCUCACAUCCAUCGCGCCUACGGCAACAAGGUCCUCUGUGAUCGCCCUCAACGCGCAUUCAUCUUGUUCCAAGCUGUCAGUAGUGGUGGCGUAGUUCGGUGUCUUUCCAGUCUUGAGCAGGUCAAUGAGUGGGAUGGAUACAUCGCGGGCGAGUGCGAGGGCCUGGUUCCGCGCUGGCGUUUUGUGUAUGAUUCCCUUGUUCAAGAGCUUCAGGCGGAGGCGGAGUAG